AUGGAUUGUAAUGCCUAUUGUGUUAAUGUGAAAGUUGACCUGGAUGUUGAAGUAGAAGCCACCUUGGACGUGAAUACAGAAGCUGAUCUAGAUGUUGAAGUAGAAGCCACCUUAAACAUGUAUACAGAAGCUACCUUGGAUGUUGAAGUAGAAGCUGCCUUAGACGUGAAUACAGAAGCUAUCUUAGUUGUUGAUGUAGAAGCUACCUUGGAU